AGCGUGGCGGUGCAGAAGCAAGGUGGACGUGGUGCUGUGUGGAUGUGUGCGGCGGCUGGCUUGGUGCUCGUGCUUGGUGGCUCUCUGCUGUUUGUCUCAUCGUGUGUCUUUACUGAAUAGAAAAGAGCUCCAACCAACUUGACAUCAGUUGGAAGGGUUACUCCAUCACUACUUCUCACAACUUCAAACUCGCCAAGACAAGUAAAGGUUGACGACAAGAUGGUGCUGGGCAUGUCGCCGCUGGUCACCUCGGCGCUCCGCCUCGUGGUGAUCGCCACGCUGUACGCCGCCAACCUUGCCGCCCUCUGCCGCGCCUUCAGGCUGCCCAAGUUCUCAGGCCUGUUGUCCUACCGGCGAGUCACCAUCCUCACCAUCCUGAUGCUCAACCUUGUGUACUUGACCGUCAUCUGGGCGCCCUUCACCAUCACCACCUUCAAGCACAACCUGCAAGAGCGCAGGCCGGAGGGCAUGGAGCGAGUGGUGCCUUCGUCGCCAGGCAUUAGCGAAUACAUAGUCAGACGUGACCCCGAUCUCCUGCUGGAAUCACGGUUUGAUAGAAUGGUGAUGGAAGAGACUUUGUUUGACGCAGGAUAUUACAAUCCUCAAGAACUCCCUACUGGAUUUCCUCAACCUACUACAAGCCCUCAGAGCGACCUCGGGGAAUCCCUAAAGAGCUGGAUUACUGGCGUCCAGGACCUUAUCACCUCGUCCUUCACUUACAGCCUCGUCCUGACGCUCCUCGUGGAGAAGAUCAUGAAGGAGAAGAGACUGGUGGUCGGGCUGCUACAGGCGUCCCUCGGUGCCCUGCUUCUGGUGGUGACGCCCGUGCCCCUGACCCUAUCCUUGCGGGCCCUGGCCAAUACCACUGACAUGUUUGCCCUACACACCCCGGAGAUCAAGAGUGGCUAUACCUUGUACAGCAUCAUUUGCGACGUGCACGUCACCGAGGCCUACGUGGUGGGCCUCUUCCUGGAGCUGACCAUGGUGCUGCUGGUGGUUGUCGUGGUGGCGGUCAUAACGACUCGACGAUACAAGUUCCGCCAGGAGAAAGAGAGUGAUAUUUGUCCACGGGCUGAGGAUGAUCCGUUUCGAGUGGAGGACUUGGCAUGCAAUUUUGUUCUGUGGACGGGCGCUGGCUGGGCAUGGCCUGUCAAGCCUCUCGUCAUCAUCGUCCUCUUCCUCAUUCAUGGACCGCACUGGAACAAUGCUAUUUGCUGGCUGUCCAAUAUGGCAGUGGCUAUCCCUGUGGCCUUCAUGCCAUUAGCAGUGUUCCUUGCCCGGGCCACGGAGCCUGACACCUCCAGCCACACCUUCAAGAAUAGUGAUGGAAGUGUUCAAGAUGCAGUGGAAGAAGACAGUGCACAGAUUCCUGACAAAACUGAUGUUUAUCUUCAGUGUUCUGCCCUUCAGGAUGUAAGUUUGGCAUCAGCAGAUAGUUCAGUUCCUAUCCCAGUCACACACAAGGAGACUGUAGGGAAGAGAAGUCAGCUCAGAGAGAAUCUGAAGUUUUAUCUUGGUGCAGAUAUUUUUAAGAGUAAGGGCAAGAAGGAAGAUGAAGUUUGCAUUUUAAGUAACCAAGAUGGAAAUGAGUCAAUAGUGUAAAGUUGCAAUGAAAUCCCAAAGUAAGAAACAGAGGCCAAAUAUGAGGCUUAUGAUUUUCCUUUUAUCAGAUUUGGACCAGAUACUGUGACUAUAUCAAGGUCCCUGAUUAUUUUAUCUAGGUUUAAGCUACAAACUAUUAUAUCCCUAAAAAUAUUGAAUUGCACUAAUAUGUUGAUAAGAAUAGCAAAGCAACACAAUUGGGAGUGUAAGCAAGGCAAACAUAUCUGAUUACAUGAACUUGCAAACAAGACAAAAAGCAAAGCAGGUUAGGCCCAAGCACAACAACACACAUUCCACUCUGGACCACUGCAUAAACCCAUCCCUCAACAGCAGGUAAACCAGAUCAAGCAGAUAAACAUAGUACAACCAGAUACGCAGCACUUGUCAGGGAGCACCAGAAACACUUAACCCUUGCUCUCCAACCACCACCACCACACCCUGUCUGCUGCCACACUCACCCUGUAUGUUGGUUUUGUGCUUGAGGGGGGAGUGACAGGGUGGUGUCAUGGUUUGAAGUGGAAUAUGUGUACAUUACCAUGCAUGCGUGGGAUUUUAUUGAAUGUACAUUAUCAUAUAUUCUGGAACUAGACUACCAGAAGUAUAUUUACAACUUAUUGAUAGAAUCAUUAUAGGACACAUUCCUAUGCAUACCUCAUAAUAUUGGGUUUCACCUGCACAGAGUUCCUUAAAGCUGUGAUCUUCAGAUAGUGUUCUUGACUGUGAUGGAAAGUACACAAUACCAUAAUGUUAUUGGAUGAGUAACCUUCACUGGGCAUCCCUGUUGAAUUUACACGUUUUGAUCUCAGCCAGUUGAGUACAUUUGACAAGUAGGGGUAGAGUAUGAGUAUAUGAAUAAUAUAUAUGGAUGUAUUCAAAGGUGUGUGUGUGUGUGUGUUUGGGAUGUAUAUCUUUUGUUAAAGUUUUGAUCCUACAUGAAGAAUUAUAUAGUGAGAUACACAAAUAAAGGAAGCCAUUAA